AUGGACCUCGCCUGUCUAGAAUUGGGAAGUCGAAGCCGUUACUGCAGGAGUGUGCACCCCGGCUUGCAGCUCUGCCUAUCUGUGCCACACGACAUCACACACAGCCCGGCCGCCAAAAAGUCGAGGCUCCAGGCUACUACCGGGCCAGGCCAUUUAGCAUCUCCAAAGCACUGGAUCUCAGCACAGACCUUCCCAAACUUUACCGCGUCGCCCUUGCGGGUAGCAUUCGCAGCCGUCCCACGUCUACCUAAACGUCGUCUCUUCUGUCUCUCAUUCAACCUCUUCAAGUCGAUUGGCUCGGCGGGCGUUGCUGCUCUUGUUCGUCUGUCCAACAAUUCAUUCCCUGUACGCCUCUCUCAGGGGUUUUGCUUGUUGCGAAAAAAGGGCAUUCGGAGCUGCUGGGAGCAGCACAAGCUGAAGCAGGCCGAUUGCUGGUUCCUGAAUGCACUUGGUCUCAGCCCAAGCCCCCCCAAGAUCGAAGUAUUGCACCGUCUAGGCCACAUGCACCCCACCGCCGCCUUUGACUGCCCCGGUGAAGGACACUGCAAGGGCCUCCGUUCCGAAUACUUUGGUGUUCCAAGCGCUCAACCACCGACACCGAAACAGACACCAACUUCAGUCGUCUUUCCGAGUCCCGUCUUCGAAACUCCUCGGAACAACGUUAGCUCCUUCGAAGGAUUCGCAACUGGUACACCUCGGUUUGCCGAGGAAUACUCCGUUUUCGAUAACACGCCUAAUAGUAAUCUUCAGGGAGCAGACACUCCCUUGGCGGAUAUCUCGGUCUCGAAUCCAUAUCAAACACCAUUGGUUCAGAAGCGGUCCUUCUUCUCUGGUGAUAUUGCUUCCCAGAUUGCGACACAUGUCAACCAUCUUUCCCCGAAUCCGAACUUGCCGCUCCCUCCCGUCGAUCCCUCCAGGCGACUUCAGUCUUCCCAUAGCCUCUUAGAGACUGUAUCUAGCGAUCAGGACGGAAUCUCUCCGCUCGGUUUUCAAGAUCCUCCAACCAAGAAGCCCAGGCAGACGUUGGAGGAGAUCCAGGCUCAGCAAACGUUAACUCCGCCACCGACGGCGCACAAGGGGGCGCGAAAACUCGCCCCAAAAUUACAGAUGAACACCUUACAGAAUGAGGACAGCUACCCACCCGGGUUCGUGCUGGGCACGCCUCAGCAAAGUGCUCUGCCCAACUUUGUCACGACGCCCACGGAUAUGUUCAUGUAUCCAUUGUCAGCGCCGGCCACGGCCCCAGUUUAUACUGACACUCGGCCGUUUUGGGAUAACGAUGCCAGCAUGAAUGGAAUGGAUUAUAGUUUCGGCGUUGGCAACUCUGCCAUGUUUCCGGCACAAGGUCACAGGCCGAUGAGUUCAUACGAUUGGGGCAGGGCCAAUGAGAUGUUCCAGGAUACGGGCAUCAUACCACAGCAGCCACUGCAAGCCCAUGAGAGCAACGUCCCAGCAAGAAGAGAGCGACUCCUGGCCCCCAAACCCCCAUCUGCGCCCCCGCUUCUGGAAGCUGGCUCGCAAGAUACGGCCAUGCUAGGGAACUCAUUUAUUGGGUCAUGGGACGGCUCGUUUGGAUUAGUGAAUUCGGGUGAGGGUGUCGACCCCGGACUAUUGUUUAGUAGACCGCAGUCCUCGAAUAUGGCGCCAACGAACGCCAACCCCACGACUCAAAAUCCGGUACCGAUACAGCCAAUGCCUCAAACAACGCCAGUACCAAUCGCCCCCAAACCGCCCCAGCAGACUUCUGUGCGACGAGCCAACAGCAUCAAAGAAAUCAAGCCCUCAAAGAGAGCAGAGCGAGCAGCUGCGAGCUCGCCGAUCAAGCCUAGCGUCCGGCCUGCCCUCUCACGAAGUGCCAGUGAGAACAAGGGCCGAAGAGCCGCUCUUCCGGCGCUGGCUCCAGCGGCCAGACCAGUACCAAAACAAUCAAUCGGUAGCCGACCAAGUUCCCAAGGUUCUCGCGGAAGCGGAAGGAUAUCACCUUUGAAAUCGCAUCAUCGGCUAUCUAGCCUGAGCUCGAUACCCGAAUCUGUCACACCCAAGAUGACAAGGGCUUCCAUCAAAUUCACCAUCGACUCACAUGGCCGGGCUCGGGCUGAGACUACAAUGGUACCUGUCAGUGACGACGAAGAUGCAACUCCAAAGGCCAUUAGGACUACCAAAGAGGUUAGGCCCCUGAGCAGCGGCUGGGAUACAUCCGGAGAAGAUGAAUCAUCGGAAGAUGACGAUCCAAUCAUUAUUCCAAGCAGGAAUCAAUCUUUUGCUCUUCCCGAUCCAAACAAACCAACGUCAACGCAUCCCUUUCAAAGCUCGCGGAGGAGCGUCAGCGAGCAAGGCCCCAAUAGCAGUUUGGGCAUAUAUUUGAACGAACCAAACAUUAGUGUCGCGGAUAUUGAUAGCGAUGCUGAAACCGAAGUGUAUGAGCCACAGGGAAGCCGUGGCGAUGCCGCCAGCGAACUGCGCAAAGUCGUUCAGGAUCGUCAAAAGCGGAUCUCGCUGAACACGAAUCAACUCUAUGCACCUGGACCACGGAGCUCGGCCUCGACUGUGUCUCCCACAUCUUUCACUGAAGCCAGUAUUCUCACGCCAUCCAGUCAUGCAAACGCCGUGAGGUGUGUUUGUAGACGCAUCGAAAGCCCACAUAACAGUGAUGGCUUCAUGAUACAGUGCGAGGCAUGUGAAUACUGGCUCCAUGGAAAAUGCACAAACACCGGCAGUGAUAAUGUACCGAGCGUCUACAUUUGCGCAUUCUGUGGCGAGACGCCAACUGCUUAUGGUAUUCCAAAGCAUCAGGCAGGGCGAAGCAAUGGAGAGAAACCAUCUCGCAAGUCGGCAUCCUCUCCGCUGGCUCACAAAUCUUUCAAGUCCUUCAGGUAA